AACAGCUGUUCUUGCAACAGAUUGUUGUUUGUUGUUUAGCUUGGAGUGGAGUUAGUUAUUGCUUUUUUGAAAUAAUAUUUAAUAAAAUGUGUGAAAGAAAUGAUGAUAUUCGAAAUUGCUGUAGAAUUUGUUUAGAUGUGGAGUCUGAGCACGUUUCUAUCCUAGGAGAUCCUACGAUACACCUACACCUGAAGUCGUGCCUUGCCAUUUCGAUAUCACCCAAUGAUGAGCUGCCGAAGGUAAUCUGUUCGAACUGCGUCACUCAACUGAAUGACUUCUACAAUUUCCAACUGAAUGCUAGAUGUUCACAGGAUUGGCUGGAAUCUACAAUUCAGGAAAAGACAAGAAAAUUUUCUGAAAAGACUCAAAUUCAACCUUUACCUGACUCUGAGUAUAAUUCAGAUUCCUUACUCGAAUUUCUUAAUAACACUGCAAAUAUAGAAGAAUAUUUAAAUAAUUUAGGCAAGGAAGACAUUCCGUCUAUUGUAAAUUUAUUAGACAGGAAUGAAAAGGCUAUGGAAGCAAAAUCGAAACUAAACAAACUACCAACACCAAAAAAGGAAUAUUAUGCAAAUAUACAGCAACACAUGAACAUGGAAAUAGAUGUGUUAGAUUCUGAAGCAGAAGUUGUUAAUGAGAUAUUAUUGAAAGAAACAGAACCAAAGACAAAGCUGGGGAAAAAUAGGGAAAAUCUUGUUUGUAUUGCAUGUAAGGUAAAAUGUGAGAAUGUGCAUAAAUUGACACAACAUAUCACAGUAUGUGAUAGCGCAUCUCGAACUUGUAUACAUUGCCAUGUGUUAUUUGACUCUAAACAGCAAAUGUUACGACAUUCUGUGACACAUAAUAUGCCUUUGACUUGUAACUGUGGAAAGCAGUUUGAAAAUGAAGAUAAGUUGGUACAGCAUUGCACUGUUGACUAUGGAUCGACGAUAGGAGUUGUGUACCGAUGUAAGCAAUGUGGAGGGCUGUUCAAAGAGAGGUUGGAACUGUAUAAGCAUGCUAAAGUACAUGUAGCCAAGGCCGAAGAGAGAGUGUGUGAUGUUUGUGGGCUCAGCUUCAGAGGGCAUGAUGCUCUGUCAAAACAUAGCAAGGAACAUGAGAAAACAAAAGAUCUUAUGUACAGAUGUAAAGUAUGCAAAUAUACAUCAGAAGACCGCAACAAGAUAUAUGUCCAUGUCAAAGGUCAUACAAAAGCAACAUCGACCAAACACCUUUGUGAAACAUGCGGCCGUUGCUUCGCAACCUCUACUACCCUUCUAAGGCAUGUGGCACAGCAUCAAACCAUAGAUUAUAAAUGUUAUAUUUGUCAUCAAAACCUCCGCAAUUCUAAAGCUUUAGAAGAACAUAUGUCUGAUCAUAAUGAUGUGAUUAUGUGCGACAAAUGUGGACACAACUUUAGCAGCCGUAAUUUAGUCACUCAUAAAUGCACAUAACUACAACAUACUUAUAUGUUAAUGGUACUUAGCACAAACCUUUUCGUUCCUGUACGUCCAAAUGUGGUAUGUCUUAAAUUCUGGUUAAAAAAGAGAAACUUUCUUCUUUUGUAACCCGUUACAAAAUAUAGUCGCAGCGGCUGAAAAGGUUCGUGGUAAGUCUCGUUGAUAUAUUUUUUUUACAAAUUACGAAAUCUUAUAAAAAUGCUAUUAAGUUAGUAAAAAAAAACUUAUUUUGUAAUACUUUUAUUGUAAUACAUACCUAAACAAUUAAGAUCUUUAUAUAUUUAAACAUAUGCAUAAAAA